AUGUCAUCAAAAGAAGAAGCUUUUUAUGCGAUUAACUCUUUAAACGGCAAACAUGUCUGGGAAGGAUGCUCAAGACCGAUGGAAGUGCGGUUCGCUGAGAGCAGAGCUCAGAGACAACAAAUGCUUAGCGCUUCAAUGGGGAUGAACGCAGGAGGUAGAGUAGGAGGUGCUGUAAAUAUGAGAGCAGGUUUAGGACCAGCAGGAGGAAGCAUGAUGAACAUGCGUAUGACGCCGGGUGUAUCGGGAGCAGCAGCAGCAGCAGCAGGCAGCAGCAGCAACAGCAACCCUCGUGCUGCCGGCCCGUGGAAGGAGUACUUCUCUGCUGAAGGACGACCUUAUUAUCAUAAUGAAUUAACAGGCAUUACGACUUGGGAGCGGCCUGUUGAGUUCAUGCAAGCACCUCCCCCUGUACCUCCUGCUGCAGCAGCAGGCUAUGCUUCUCAUAUGAAUUCUUUUGCUACGAUGCAGCAUACUGCGCAGCAGACACCAGCAGAUGAUGCUGCUGCAGGAGGAAGAGAUCAAAGCGGUCCUCCCGGGUCGAACAUUUUUGUGUUUCACGUGCCGAACGAGUGGAGCUCAGCGGACUUGUUAAAUUCUUUCUCUCAGUUUGGUGUUAUAAUAUCUGCUCGGGUUGCAAUAGAUAGACAGACAGGUCGAAACAAAGGCUACGGCUUUGUUUCGUACGACUCACCUGAAGCAGCAGCAGCAGCAGUUGCAGCUAUGAACGGCUUCCUUGCUGGAGGUAAACGGCUUAAAGUUACUAUUAAGAAAGGAGAAGAGCAGCAUGCAUUAAGAGCAUCGCCUGGUGCUUUCAAUGCACAAUCCGGUCCAGGGUCUCUUGGUGCAGCACAGCAGCAAACUGCCGCAAGAGAUCAGCAGUGGGGGACCCCUGCAGCAGGAUAUGCUGUACAGACUGCAGGGAGCAGCUAUGCUCCUACAGGAGGCUUCCCUGCUGCAGGAGCUCCGCCGCAGCAGCAGCGCUUCGCACCCUACUGA